GUGCGUGUGACCUGUUCGUGCAGUGCGUCAUCGCAGCAGACGGCAGCGCCACGGUGAGCAUCCGGCAGUGUCCGCAUGGCCUGCACUGGGACCAGGUGGCUCUCACCUGCAACCGCCCCUCCCUUGCCGCGUGUCCGCAAGAUAUGUGCCGACAACCAGGGUACGUCGUGUACCCGGCUACCAGUAACUGUCGAGGUUUCUGGGCGUGUGAGGGAGGAGUAUCGGAGGGUAAAUGUUGUCCACCUGGGUACGCCUUCAGUAUGGACGGGGAGUGCGUGCCCAGUCCUCCUGUCAGGAUCCCUGUGGUGUGGCCCCGACUAUCACAAACAACGUGUGCGACAAGCGGGCGGUGGCGACGAUGCCGCUGGUGUUCGAGCAGUACGUGGCGGGGGCGGGCUGGCAGCUGAUGUUCUGCGCCCCCGGCACCGCCUACAACCACAGCCAGUGCGCCUGCACCGACCCCAACCCCGCCGCCUUUGAACCGCCAGAGUGUCGCGCGGAGCUGUACAUCCCCUUCAACGACGGCGAGGCGCGGGACGAGUCCGGCAACAACAACUUCGUGCAGAACGACGGGGUCAAGGUCAGCGGUGGGGUCGGCUACUUCGACGGCAGCGCUGUGCUGCGGGUGCCGCGCUUCUCCAACAGCGACUACGGCGACGUGCUGCUGGUUCGACUUCGCUACAAGCAGCACGGCGGGCACCACGUCGUCGUCGCAGGCGCUGGUGGCCAACGGCGACUGCCUCAAGCCCAGCUCGCUGUACCUGGCCGCCGACCACCAGGGUGUCCACUUCGGGAUGCGCACCAGCACGGGGCAGAGUCCCACGUCGUCGUCCCGGAGCUGUCUGUGGGCUGGAAGGAAGCCGUGCUGUACAUAGACCGCCAGCUGCUGACAGGCAGUGUCAACAACUUCUCCAAGCAGACUUUGUUCACAGGCUCGUUGGACUCCAGCAAGUGCGCCCUUCAGAUCGGCCGAGGGACUAACUUCCAGAAUUUCAAAGGCCUUAUGGAUGAUAUUACAGUCUACCUGUGUCGACCAAAGACGCUGUGA